AUUCAAAUCCUAAGAUGUAGAUCGAUUCAUUCAUAAGUCGGUUAUUAAGUUAGCUCUCAAGCCAUAUUAUUGAGACAUUUCAUUAGCUCUAAACGAGACAGCUCACGAAUUGAGAUCAACAAACCACUAUGUCGAGCUAACUCGCGAGCAAAACUGAGCUCAACCUCGACUGAUUAAUAAACAAGUUAAGUUUUUAAAUAAGUUUUUCUCGAGUCUAACGGCUAGCCGCUCGACUCUCCAAACACAAUAAACGGCAUAAAUGACCGAUUGAAUAUUUGAAUUACAUAGCACUGAUAAGGAAAUAGCCGGCUCGCAGCCCAAAUAAGUGAAAUAGCUUUCCCGUAGAGAUGAGAUAUAUGCCCAUCAAAAACUCGACCGAAGGCCCAGUCAAAUAGCCCAGUCGAAUAGCCCAGUUUCUGGCUGGCUCCCUCUGACGGGGAAGAGGAAGGAAAGUAAGAGUAAGACUGUCAGCGACUCUGCCUGCUUAGACAGAGAGCGCUGUCGUCUCGUCGUUUUCACUUUUUCGCCAUUUUCGCCCCGAUCGAUCUCUAAACUGAGCCAGAGGCCAGAGCUCCCAUUCCGUCGACUAGAAAUUUCCCCGUAGAUCUUCGAUCAAGCUCCGCCGACCUUCGCCUUGCUGCCUUCCACCGAAGAAGGGAAGAGGAGAGAGAGCAACAAGGAGAGAUGUUGCCUACUUCGUCCAAAGCCAGGGCUUCGUCCUCCGCAUCUAGAGCUCACUCCAUGUUCCCGCAGUACCUUCGCAGAAUUAUCAAGGUUUUGCUCCCUUCCUCUCUGUCUUUAAAAUUUGUGUCGUUCAAGAUCUGAUAUAUCCUACUCAAUUCGAAUCCGUCUCUCGCACUGUACCCUGACUCACUGGGAGAUCUCAUUUCGUUAGUCAAUCGUCGCAAUUGGAGCCCGUAACCGUAUAGUUUAGCGGCUAGUUUUGGGAGUAGAUCACUUCCUUCAUUCGAGAGGGCAUUGUAGUUAGAAAUCUCGAUUGAGUCUGUUGUGUUUGUUUUUGUGAACCAAGUGCAUUCAGAAUUUGAUUUGAUGUGCGCAUUUCUCCUGGAAUUGAUAAGCCUUUGUGUCUUAGUAUGGAUGUGAUCUCGUAUCUCAGUGUUCAGGAACUGAGCCAUUUCUGAGGGGAAGUUUGUGUUUUCGUUUGAGCUUUUAUUACUGGUUUCGUUUCUCUUAUGGCCCUUUGUUAUACUUUGUUUGAUCAUUCUAGUGGCAACAAAUGGACAUUGAAUACACGUUCUGGCAAAUGCUUCAUCUAUGCACCUCCCCGAAAGUUGUGUAAGUAAUUCUUGGUUGUUUCAUCAAUUAUUACUGUUCACAUAUUUGCAUCCAACCCUUUGUAGGUGAUGUGAUGCCUCUGUGUUACUAGGUGAUACGCCUUUGGUCUUUCUUUAUAUUUUUUAUUGACUCGUAUUGCAUGAUUGUUCGAAGCUGCAUAGCUUAACUUACGUGAUGUUGAAGAAUUUCAUACAUGAUUCUCAAUUUCCUUUUCUUGUUUCCAGCCCUCUGCUUCUUAAUAUUUAGUAUUUGGCUGUACCAUAGCUAAGAUGUAAGGCUUUUACCUUUAUAACGUCAUGGUAUUGCUGGAGUCAUGAAAGCAGGUGACAGUUAGAGAAAUUCUGUAUACGUAUUUGUUUCACAUUUCUGAGUGAUUGUGCCCUGUGAUAUCCUGAAUCCUUUUCGUUGUAUGGAGUCGGAAAAAAAAAAAAAAAGAGUUCUGAAUGUGUCAGAAGUUGGGGUUGCUGGUCAAACAGGCAAGCUUAUUCUAUUGAUAAUGGAGUCUAACAAUUUAAUUAUUAAAUUGCAUGUCGUUUCUGUGGGAUGGAAGCAGCUAUCAGCACACUAAGUACCAUAAGCGUAAGUUUCUCGUCCACUGUAUAUCUUAUUUAUGUGCAUCAGAUGUUCUCGUUGUUCUUGCGUUAAUGAUUGUGAGCUGCUGACACUGACCUUAGAAAUGAAGGUGAUUGCUUGGAUGGACUUCCUUGACUGCUCUAUUGGGUCUCUAAGUGGUUUAUUAUUGAACAAGUAUAGGAUCAGAAUCAUUUCGAUGGUUGUAUGUCAAAUUAGCAACCAGAUUAGGUGGUGAGAUAAUUGAGAAUUCAUAAUGGGGUUUAUGCAAUGGACAAUUUGACGGUAACUUUUCCUUUUGUGAUAGUUCCAGAAUGUGCAAUUCUGGUAACUCAACCCCCACCCCCACCCCCACCCCCACCCUCAUCAUCAUUUCAUUUUUCUAAUAGAAAAAGGGCUUAUUUGAGAAUGUUGUUAGUAGCUAGUGGCUAUUAUAUAUUUUGGCUAUUCAUUGUCCUUGUGUAUGCAUACCGGAGGCAUCAGGCUUGUACUUUGAAAUUCAUGAGUUUCUUGUGUUAUCUAUUAGAGAAUAUCUUCCAAUGGGUUUGUUGCAUAUGCAGUUAUUAAGGGGGAGUAUUCUGCAUUUAUUCUGGAAAUUGUUAGAUGGAAUUUGAAAGAUUGUUGUUCGUUUUUGUAUGUCAGAAACUAAGAAUCAAUGGGCACGUGACGAUCCUGCUUUUGUUGUAAUCUGCAGUCUCCUUCUGGCUGUUGCGACUUUGGCUUAUUGUGCCGCGUAUGAUCACAGUGCAUCUCAUGCUGUUUUUGUAGUUAUAUCAGUAUUGCUUUUCCACUUCUUGACUGCCGGGGUGCUUCUGGCUACUUCUUGUUGGUUCUUGACUAACUCAUACCUUCGGGAGGAGGUUCCGAAUAGUCAUGUUGUCGAGCAACGUGUUGAAUGGUUGUAUGCAUUCGAUGUGCACUGCAAUUCUUUCUUCCCCAUGUUUGUUAUGCUCUAUGUUAUACAUUAUUUUCUGUCACCUCUUUUGGUGGCCCAUGGUUUCAUACCGGUUCUACUAUCAAACCUGCUUUUCUUGGUGGCAGCCUCGUAUUACCAUUACCUCAACUUUCUAGGUUAUGACGUGCUACCCUUCCUAGAGAGAACAACCUUUUUCUUGUAUCCAAUCGGCAUAGUCAUCGUCCUUUCUCCCAUUUUAAUUCUAAGCGGGUUCAGUCCUUCAAGAUACUUCAUGAACAUGUACUUCAGUCAAACGCUGUGAUAUACCCACCCAAGGCUGCUAACAGCAUUUACGACAUAGCAAAAUAUGUUUGGAGGCAUUCCGUUAGGUACGCGAUUGCAUCAAAGUUAUUGGAGGGAAGGCAUAAUUCUUUUGGUGUAAAUGUGAGAACUGAGACCAGGGCCCCUUGAAACAGAAGAUCAUUGUAGUAACUCUUGAAACCGGGAAGAAGUAUAAAUGAAGCACACGAAGUGGUCGGAAGUGGAGUUUUCUUUCCCCUCGGAAUCGAGGGUUAGUCUGAUACAUGGUCAUGUAGAUCCAUGAUGUAAUCCUUUGAUUGUUUUUUUGUUGUCAAAUCUGGUGGGUGGGUUCUUCCGGUUAGCAUGGUUUUUCCUCCCAUCUGAACUUUUGUUAUUGAAUGUGGAAGUUUUACGAUGUUGCACAUUCACUUACGACUCUAUCUCUCUCUAAUCAGGAUCUGGAGUCAAUGUGCAAGACUGCAGAGUCUUUGCAGUCUUUACUGGUCUCGCCUAGUUAUACUUUCUUCCGUGGCGGGCUUAAUUUGUCUCUUUGGUGAUUCGUACGCUGUUUUAUGUGUCUUGGGUGAUGCAUCGUUCCUCUUGGCCGCCAGUCCCUUUGGAACGUGUUUUGGUUGUAUCUUUCAAUUGUGCUAUAUUCCCUUUUUGAAGAAAAUAAAUGAUGCCUU